CGGCUCUUCAUCACCUGAACGUCGCGAGGCCGCGGGCUCUGCACGGGACGAGGCGUCACCACGCCAAUCUAGACACAAUGCAACUCCACCACACCCUUGUUUGUCUAUAAAGAGGGUCAAGAAGAAGGUUCCAGCCUCUUUUGUGCUCUGAGCAAGAGAGAGGCUAUGUCUGAAGAGGAGGAACACAACAUUAAAGCUGAGGAUGGGCUUGCCAAAGUACUUACAGACUUAGGUCUUAAUACAACUUUUUGGAUUCCAAAACUACGAGAUAUGUUGGCUAUCACCAAUGUACAAGCCUUGCAAAAUUUUGGCCCUGAGAAAUUUGAAAUCAUAAAACCACAUUGCCGGCAUUCAUGGGAGAUAACGGCAUUGUGUAAGUUAGCGGAAAUGUCGGGCAAUGAAGUUGUUUUAAAACAAUCACAAGAAUCUGAGUCAAUUGGAAAUGAACAGAAGCAAGAUGCAUCAACAAAGCAGCAUCCAGAACAAAUCCAUCAAAAAAGAUUAAUUCACAGUGGUGAGGCCAACAUAGAGUCGGAGACAGAGCAGCAAAUGGAAUUGAAAGGAGCAAAAGAAACCCCAUUGUGGGAUGGCAGCCAUUCAAAUGAUAUGGCAAACACUUCUCUAAAGCAGUUCGAUUUAGCAGACAUUUCAAAUUUACGUGGGACUAUUUCACAUCUAAGUCUUUUACAAAAUGCAUCUAAAGGACUUGCUUUGGAGGGGGUAUAUCUAACUGGUCAAAUAAAGGAUAUGUUAAAGAAAAGAGACAAACUCUUAAACAUCCCAAUGUCGUUUUAUCUUGCUGGCCCAGUACAUCAGCCAAUGAUAAAGAAACAAGAGUUUUCAUCAUCUGAAGAGGAAAAAAUAUUUGAGACAGCAGUGGAAAUAAUGGGAUUCAAUACCAUAACGACAGAAGAAGGUUUCCCACAGACUUUGAUUAAACAAAUCACCUCGCAGCACAACAAGGCAUUACACACCGAUGAAAAGCAAGAAAAAAAUCCCACGGAUACCUGCAUUCAUAGCACCAAAUACCUGUACCUACCACUUGCCUCAGGAAAUCUUGACUUUAAUCAACUAAAGCUCUCUGAUGAGGCGUUGGAGGAAUUACAAAGCAUUGAAAAAACUUUAAAAAACGUCAACGAGUCUUUUAAGACACGCGUGCUAAGCAGCAGGUUAGGAAGUUUUUUUGAAAACUUUGGCUCUCAUGCCCAUACAGGCACUGUCCACUUUGGUGGGAUAUUUAAGUGGAAAGCAUCAGCAGAGGGCAUCAGCUCCGAUGAGGAAAAGGAAGAAAGAAUUAUGCUAUCAGAGGCAGUGGAAAUGUAUUCCACUUCAGCCUACAACAGCAGUGGCAGUGCAGGUGGUGUGAGCAUGAUGGCAUCCGAAUUUACAACGGAAUUUUCUGAAAAAUACAAUUCUACACUUCUUAGUAAGGUGACAUUUUCCGUAGGCACAAUAGGUGGAUCACCUGGCAUUUGUUCUCUUCAACAAUGGAGAACUGGCAUUGUAUCCAACACCAAGACAUGGUCUGUCAUUGAUCUAGGCACAUCAUUGGUUCCAGUGUGGGACAUUGUCAAGUUUAACCACAAGGAUGAUUUUCAAAAUACUUUGAUAGCUAGCAGGCUCAAGGAGGCAUACACACUUUUGACAAACCAAAAUCUAAAUUUUUGUCUUGAGGAUAUAUUUGUCUCUGCUAAUGCUAAAGCCAGGUCAGUGAUGCAAGAUAUUAAACAUUGGCAAGAAUCCGACAUGGAAAAUAAUUUAGAAAAGAUACUUCAUUUGAAACAGACGUUAUAUGAUGAAACGAAAAGCAAUUUUACUUGGAUAAACACCUGUUUGUCUCACCCAGCCCUCCAAUCAUUUUUUUCAAAUCUUGUUACAGCACCUGCCAAAACGGUGAAAAUCACAAAGCUUAUGCGGUCUAUUAUGGAGCCAAACAGCUGUGAAGUUGACAGCUUUCCACAAUUCGCCUCCGUUAUGCAGUGGCUUAAUGAGUAUGAAGGAGUCCCUACUCAAUUAUCUGACUUCAAAUAUCUCGUGAACAUCUUAACAAACGCAAAAGAAGAUUUAAAAGUUGACUUUUCACCAACUUAUUCAAAAAUACUUGAAAAAAGAAACAAAGAAAUCACACAUGCAUUUAAUUCAUUCUGUCAAUCACUGAGAACAUCAAAACUCAUCGAACAAGAGCUACUCAUCAUUUCAGUCACUUCUGCUGUUGGCUACUGUGUAAAAGAAAAACGAUUUCAGCAUCCCCUGAAUUACGACAACAUUGAUCAUCUUCAACGUGCACUAGAGUCAGCUUACGGAGAGUACACAAGACUGAUGCAACAAGACAAAUCCAGAGCUCAGGCAUACGUUUUACGGACAGGUUUGUCUAAUGCACGGACUCCUGCCGAAAAGCGAAAACAAUUAGAUUUAAUGAGAUCCCAGGUCGAAACAAUAAUUUGUGCUAAAGUUUCCCAUGUGAUAAAAUGCAGUGAAAUAAGGCCAACUGACUGGAAUAAAAUUUAUAUGAUGCUGGAAUCCAUUAUCGCUGGAACUUUCAAAGACCAAACAUGUAGUUCAAAGAAAGAAUGUACGAUACAAAAUGCAGGAAUUUUUUCCAAGGGGGAGGGGAAAGAGGACACUUAUUCAAGGCAAGAAGAAUUACAAAAUAAACCAUCUAUUCAACCACGAAAAAAUGAUGAAGAGUUAAUCAAUCUGCUUGAAAGACUCGCACUGAUCAAAUACUACCCUAAGAAAUUACACACAAGUGAUGUAUGUGUUAUCAACAGGUCUCCAAUUCAAACUAACCCAGAUCCAUGCAGAGAACAAGAACUUGCUCUUUCUUAUCUGCAAAAACUGAUAAUGAUUGACUAUCGAGCAAGAUGUGUUAGUUUUCAGUGUGAAAAUCUAAACACAGACAAUUUAAUCAACUUAUCGCAAUCCACGUAUACAAAUAAAAGCCCUAAUAGUGAUAACUUCUUUUCUGAUGAUAAUGAUGAUGACGUAAUAAAUAACAGCGAUGGGCCUAGGACAAACACUGAAACCCACAUUCACCCUAUGGACUUACAAAUGGCAAUAUUCCAUUGUGGAGACAAUUUUGUAAGGCAGUAUAUUUACACCAAACUGUCAUUCAUCCAGUUCGCACUUCCGCUUUUAGUUCCAAAUCCUUGUCGUUCAGAAAUAGAAUUCCCUAUAUGGUCAUUCAGACAGAUUAAAAAAAGCUGGAAAUACCAUGAUGCAUCUACCAAAAAAUGGCAAUCUAAAAACUGUGCAAUCAUUGAUGCGAAUACUGCACUCGUGUCCUUCAUAAGAUUUGGUGAAUCACCUGCAUCGAAAUCUCAGAUGCUGAACUCUCUGCUCGGCAAGCAAAAGCAUGGCGUUUUCUUUCAUAGGCACUGCCGAGGCAGCAGCAGGAAUGGUCAACUAAUGAAAGGAGUUGCAGAGAUCGCCUGGUAUCUUCCAGGUGGGAAGGACGAUGAUGUAUUUAAAGAUUGCAUAGCAUUCACUAAUCUCCACGGAGAUGCAAGAGAACACAAAACACAGGUGAAAUUUUUACAUGAGAUGUCGUCUAUAAAUGUGAUAUUACUGUCAGAUGGUGAUCGCAAUGAAGAAGGCAAACGUAUGUUAGACGAAUGUUUGAGUUCUCCAAAGCCGCUAAUUUGCCUCUGUGUUGACAAAAUGAGAGUUUCCAGUGGAGUAUCUGGAACAAACGCGAAAAUUGCUGUCCAGAAUCGAAAUGAGGCUGAGUUCAUUGAUGAAUUGACGUCAACACUCAAUUAUUUUUUAGACAAUUCAAAAAGAAAAAUUUACAUCGAAGAUUUUUCAGCUAUUGCAAGACAGUAUGGCUUCAUUGUUGAUGAAGAUGAUAAACAAUGUAAAGAGGGAAAGGAUUUGGCGAAAGAUUUGCUGAGUCUUAUAAGUGACAAGCCGCUGUGUUCCAUAAAAGAGACAUUUUUACCUCUUCAAGGGAAAUUGUGGCAGUCGUGGUGCAAAAAAGACAAAGAAUUGACUCGCAUGAAUGUGAAGGGGGGCGAAAGUGUUGAGGAAUACAAAAGUAAAAUUUCAAUGGAAAAAAAACACAUUAGGAAAGCACAGCUUGAAAAAGCAUUUCCUCUUAACGAAUUUAUGAGAUCAUUGAUUGAAAUUUUGAACAAGAAGGCAGACACAGUAAAAACAUACUUCCUGCAUUGGCUACGCAUAUACUUAGAUAAUUUGUCUGCAGAUCGCUUAUCACAACUUCAUCUCACUUAUCAUCAGGCCUGGACGGCAAUAAUAGAGUUGAAAAAACAAGGUUCUAACGCGAGUACCAUUGCUAAAAAACAAUCAGAGUUGGAUAAAAUAUCAGAAGAACUUGAUGCCUCUUCCUUUGGAAUUGAUCACGUUUUUCGGGAAGUUGGUCAGAUCUACGAAGCUUCACAGACACCGCCAUCAAGUGGCGAACUCCCGGCUACUUUGCCCAAGAUUGCAGCAGAAAUGAUGAUCUCUGGAUUUCCUCUUGAACUCAUGGAUGGUGAUGCUGCACAUGUCCCUCUCAUUUGGAUUAGCUCAAUCUUGGACAGAAUCAUUGAUACAAUUGGGAACGUGAAGCUGUUUGUUAUCUCAAUACUGGGAAUACAGAGCAGUGGGAAGUCCACGCUACUCAAUGCCAUGUUUGGUCUCCAGUUUCCUGUUGGCAGUGGGAGAUGCACCCGAGGAGCCUACAUGCAGUUAGUGAAGGUGGAUGCAAAGUUCAGUAAACAACUGGGAUAUGACUUCGUGCUGAUAGUCGACACAGAAGGACUGCGUUCUGUAGAGCUGUCAAAUGCAACACGUAGUCAUGACAAUGAGCUGGCAACGUUUGUGAUUGGGCUAGGAAACAUGACCGUGAUCAACAUUUUUGGAGAGAACCCUUCUGAAAUGCAAGACAUUCUACAAAUUGCUGUGCAGGCGUUUUUGAGAAUGAGGCAGGUGAAACUAUCACCGAGCUGUGUGUUUGUCCAUCAAAACGUAGGAGAUGUGACUUCUCACGAUAAGAACAUGGAGGGAAGGAGACGCUUUCAGGAGAAACUCGAUGAGAUGACCCGCAUGGCUGCAGACCAGGAGCAGUGCACUGUUGCAUCAUUUGACGCUGUGAUCAGGUUUGACGUUAACUCUCAGAUCCGUUACUUUGCUCAUCUUUGGGAGGGAGACCCUCCGAUGGCUCCGCCAAAUCCAAGCUACUGCCAAAAUAUUAAAGACCUUAAAGAAAUGUUACUUAGAAAUGCGAAAAAAGAAAAAACAGUCAAUGUCUUGAAGAUAUCAGAAUUCAAAGCACGCAUUAAGGAUCUAUGGACGGCUUUGCUAGCAGAAAACUUCGUUUUUAGCUUUAAGAACACAAUCGAAAUCGCAGCUUAUACCAAAUUGGAAGAAAUGUAUGGAAAAUGGACUUGGGAACUCAGGAGUUAUGUUCUUCAGCAGGAAAACAAACUUUAUAACAGCAUUGAUAACAAUACAGAUGCAAUGACACGAUCACAGAUUGAACGAAAAAUUGCGUCAAACUAUCAGGAUAUUAAGAAUAAAAUGGAAGAACAUUUCAAUAGCGCAGAUGAUGCAGAACUGUUGGUUCAAUGGAAAGUUAAAUUCGAAAAAGGAUUUGAAACAGUGAAAGAAGAGCUAGUGUCUGAUGCCUUCAAAAACUACUCUGCCCUGAUGGCUCAAAAAGACAAAAAACGAAGUAUCGAUCUACAGAGAUCAAGUUAUGAAGAUCAUCUUAUUAGAAAGAGCAAGGAUUUGGCUUCAAAAUUGAGAGACACAAAUGUAAAUGAAGCACAAUGGGACAGGGCUUUUGAUAAAAUCUGGAAGGAUUGGAUUAAAGAGAUUAAAUACGGUAUGACCAGCCCUGCAACACUUGAUGUAGAAAAACUAAUUGUAAACCUUCUUUACGACGUGUAUGGGAGUCAAAGUCAACACUUAAAUACAGUGAUAUUGAAAAACCAUAAAGGGACAGAAUUUGACGUUAAUCAAAAUGAACACAUUAUGAUGAACGUGAAAUGGCUUGGAACUUGGAGUCACCGUUUCAAAGAUGAGGAUACUGAGUCACUAAAAAAAUUGAUUUCUGACAUAAAAUUCAAUGUCAAAAGCUGCAUUUUGACCCAGGAGAAACAUAAAACGAAUUACAAACCAUCCUACAUAUAUGAAAUUCUAAAGGUAAUUAAUACAGACGUAGAGAGAUUUUCAAAAUCCAAUCAAAGAUUUAAGCUCAAAGAUAAGUUCAAAAUUGAUUUAUCUGUCCACAUAUUGGCAGAGGUUACGGGGCGAUUUCAGGAAAUGCAUGAGAAUUUCCAGAGGGAAAACGACCCAUUAGUAUACUUCAGCAGGAAGAAAGACGAAUACUUCAACAGCUUCAAAAUCCGCUGCCAAGGCUCAACGUCCACAACAAUUUUUGUGGAUUUUUUGUGUAACAAACUGAAAACAUCCAUUCAACAGGCAGUUUAUGAUAAAGUUUGCAUUGACAUUGCAGGCAGGAUGAAGUCCACAUUUCCGGCAUUCAACGGAAAUCGAUCAAAAUUAGAAAACUACAUUCUCAUAGAUUUAGCGAAGAUGAAAGAUUUUAAAGCAUUUGAUAAAUAUAUUCACCAUCCAAAAGAACACUUUCAGAAAUACAUUACAGAAUGUGUCGAAGAGUAUUGCAAUGAAAAUGAUAAUGAAAUAAUUCACGAGAUGUUAAAGUCAAGUCUUGGAGAUUCCACAGCUGCAAUUACUCGUGCAAUUAACAAAGCAACUGAAAUUGUACAAGACAACGAGUAUGAUGCAUCUUCAUGGCUGGAUACAUUUUGCACACAGCUUGAUGACGUCAUCAAGCUCCCAAGACACACUUUGGACCAAAGCGACUGCAGCGAAAUAACGGAUAUUGAAUUUCUUAAAGAACAAUUAACAGACGGACUGAAAACCGUGGCUCUAAGAUUAAACGAACAAUUUUCUUAUGCAUGCUUAAAUGAUUUAGAAGACGUUCAGAACAAACCUCACGAAAUACUAUUUCGGCAGCUAUGUGGGUGCUGGGUGCAGUGCCCAUUCUGUAAAGCCAUCUGCACAAACACGAUGUCCAAUCAUGACGGAGACCACAGUGUUUCCAUUCACCGCCCACAGGCAGUGAGUGGAACACAUUGGCAUGAAACUGAUAACUUUGUCACUGACAUCUGCACUAGUUUAGUUGCAAGUAACUGCAGCUUAGUGCUUCCAGACAGAGAAAUACCAUAUAAGGAUUAUCGUACAGCCGGGCCAGAAUAUGUUUGUUGGAGCAUAACACCAGACUUAACCACACAGCCAUAUUGGAAAUGGUUUGUCUGCAAGUUCAAGUCAGACUUAGAAAAGCGCUAUAACCUAAAAUUUUCAGCCCUGGGAAAAGUCCCAUCAGAUUGGGACUCUAUUAAAGAAGAUGAUAUUAUUAAGGAUUUAGAGAAUCUGUAGGUUGAUUAAUGAAACUACAAUUGAGCACCCUAUGUCACAGAUUAACUUAUGAAUAUGUGGCUUUGUUUCAAACUCUACAGUCUUUCAUUUUAAAUAUUUUUAAUAACAACGAACACAAUUCAUCAUCAAACAGCAAUAUCUCUAAAAUGGCAUGACAUUUAACGAUCGUUACAUGCAUGCAUAUGUACAUACACUUAACUUGAGGCAUUGUGGGUGUUAUAAUAAUCUGAUCACACUAUGUAACGCAGUUUUUGUUCCUGUGUAGUAAGUGUUAUUUUCUAAUUGUUUAUGGCUCAAAAGUACAGAAAAUGGCUAUUAUUCCCCACAAUAUUGACAUUGAUAUUUUGAAAUUUACUUAUUUUCAAUGAGAAAACGGGAAAAUUUGCCUUUUCGUUCACAUAAAGUCAGAAAGAAACAACUUAUGAAUCAAAAUUUACAUGUAUGUAUACUAAAGUAAUAAAAAAUGACUACAAAGAUUUGGAAGUGAGUAGUUUUCGAGAUUAUACUGUAAAUCACUUUCAAGAAUCAGCCCCCAAAUGGUUCCCAUCAUGUCUCCCCCAUCAUGUUCUUGUUAUACUGUCUUUGGUAGGAGCGUUCAAUGUACAAAAUAUCCUUGUGAAAGCGCUUGCCUUCUCCCCUGAGUAUGCUCCCAUGUUCUCCUUCAAUUUAUCAAGAUGAGCAUCAAGGAUAUGGAUUUUGAGGGACAUCCUACAGCCCAUUGUGUUGUGGUUCUUCACCAGAGUUUCAACCAGCUCCACAUAGUUUUCGACCUUGUGAUUGCUCAGGUAUCCACGAAUCACUGCGGCAAAGCUGUUCCAAGCCGCUUGCUCCUUACUUCUUGGGGAAUUCAUUGCACUCGUUUUAUUUUUUUAAACAAAUUUCAUAACAUAAAAUCUUGAGCAACAAUUAUCCAUCUUACUCUGCAGAGUUUUUUUGCAUUGCUCGCAGGUGCAAUGAGGUGUGCUGGGUUUGUCUUGAUCCCCGACAGGCAUGCCAAAAUAUGCCUUGUAGACCUCACACAUCUUUGUAGAUGCUUCCACAGAGCACAUUUUCGCUCUUGUCUUUAUAAAUUGUCCGCAGACAUAACAAAAAUCCGUCUGUUGGACGCUUGCAGCCUCUUGAUGCAUCUCAGAAAAAUGCAGAUAUGUAUCCACUUAGGCAGCUGGAACUAAACUGAACUGAUAGGCUUACAGCCCCUGUAUUUAUACUAUUUAUAUUAAUGGAAAGUUCUAGAAUUUUCUAGAAGUUACUCCAAGUUUACUCAGUACUGUAUCUAUCUGGAAUGUUCUGGAAAAUAGGUAAAUUUCAAAAUAUCAAUGUCCUGGUCAAAAAAGCUAAGUUUUUGGAGAAUAAUAGCCAUGUUCUGUACUUUGAGGCAUAAACAAUUAGGAAAUACCAUUUACUGCCCAGGAACAAAAAAAUUAUUAUAGUGUUAUCUCCCAAUUACGUGAAAUUUUUCGCGCAAAAUUAAUAUAUGCAUGUUUUCAAGUAAUCCAUAAAGAAAUAUCUACAAUCAUUUCCAAUGUGUUUAUUCCUCUAUACUCUUGUUUUGUUUAAACGUGCAUUUUGUUUGUGAUACACUUCAGCUAAAUACGUGCUUAAUAUUAAAUUGUGUUUCUACUUUACCAUUUUUUAUUGAAAUCUAAAAUCAAUAUUGCAUGUUUUAAUGGUAAGUUUGUGCUUCAAGUUCCCACAAAUACUCACCAGCCUUGCGAUAUUCUUCUUCAUGUUGGUGUCUGACCCCUAUUUCAUGAGGCAGAGCCUUCUCCCAUGGGUACUCUCUUCUAGAGCUUUAAUCAGCUGCCCAUCCCCUCUAAUGAAUGCCCAAGACUGGUAUUUUGCCUCUCACGAUUGUUCCUUUCAGACUUUUAUGUUCAUCCAAAAUUGCUUCAGUAUGAGCAUAAUAAUAUAUUUCCAUGGGAUAGCAUAUGGCCAUUGGAAGUCAAAUGCAAAGCUGAAAGUUCCAAUAUUAUCAAGUAUUCCGUUCUCAGCAUGGAUAUCUGCCAAAUAUAACAUUUAAGAAAAUGUUGAAACAUCUUUACCGGUAACUUCAUCUUUUCUGCUUAUUUCCUCUGCUGAAUGCCAUUUUGCCAUUAAAAUAAUAUCACCAUAACGCACAAUUAAUUAGUUUUCUUUCCAAUUAUACGUUCAGACCCACCAAUAACACAUAUCUGAGUAAAUACAACACAAUUGCAGCAAGCCUCGGGGUACUGUAAAUCCAUAAUGUGAACAAAUGCUUCCAAUGACUGGAAUGGCACCACAUGGGACACGCAAAUUAGCUGGGUUUACAAGGCUCAUAGAAUUUACUAAAUUAAACAACAUUGUACUGAUCAACACCAUUCACCCCCACAAACCAUCAAGAAGAUCAACGUAGCACUCAUGUUGUGGUGCAUUUCACUACUGUACUGACGAUACACGAAUGUCAAACCAUUUUCAGUCAACUAAGAAGAGUGGAUAUUUAUCUGGGCAGACAUUGGAAGUGACGGUUGCUUAAUAAUGAUGAUGGUCAAAAUCAAACUGAGAAAGAAUUUCAGGGAAAAGAGCACGAAGGCGAAAUAUGACUUGGACAAGCUCCAGAGCCGACAGAUGAAGGCAGAAAAUUAAGCAAUGAUUUGAAUAAGGUUUGCAGCAUGACUAAUGUUAGCGCUACAUUAAGUUACGGAUGAUGCCAUGUAAUAUUUCAAUAAAGGGCCAAAAUAUGUUAUUAACAAGGCUCGGGAGUUAAAACAGGCCUGCGUGACUAAGGGGGGCAAGUGCCGAAGUGAUUAGUCAUGGAAUUUGAAAUCCAAGAGACCUGUUGGAGAAGACGAAAGAAUGAUAAAGCACACACUAAACAGCCCUGUCAAAACUGGCAAUGUAAACAAAUACAAAAUAAGGUAAAAAUCUGUGCAAUUCAUUCAAUUAUUUUUUUCUCGAAAGAAAUAGAAGAAAGCUCUUGAUACUGUUAGGAAACUCAUCAAAUAGAACCAGUCAAGUAAAUCAGCAACAUAAGAAAUAUUUAGCAACUUCUUUGCAAAGAGUAACACAAAUUUACGCGAUCGAACCCAAAACAACUCUAUUAUGGAAGAUAUUGGUCGCAAAGGCAUACGUGUUAAACUGAGUAACACAAACAGGCAGCCAAGAUGACUCCCUACAAUAUCAAUAUUGCUGAAAUGAUGUGCUUCCAAAAUGUCGUGUCGCUGAUGGGAUGUGCAAAAACAUUUGUUGAAUGUUCAUGUUGAGGUUCAGAUAUUGGAGAAAUGUGUAUUGUGACCCUAUUGAUUUUAAAACUUUUAUUCGAUUAAUGAUGUUAUGAUACAAAGUAGACAAUUGACAGUAAGGUUGGCAGCAUGCUGUGAAAUAUUUGUCUAAGAUCAGAGGAACUUAUUAACCACAUUUUCUAGGGCACAGUCGAAGUUAAGAGAGGUUGGCCAAUUAUCAACAACGUGCCUAAGACGUAAAUAUCAAAUGCAUACAUGUAGAUCACAAGAGACUGAUGAAGGUGGAAUCGGUUGAUAUUACUGGCACACCUAAAACACCACAAGUUAAAUAAACAAAAUUAACAUUCUUAGUCUUCAACCCUUAUGCACUCUAUAUCUCUGACCUCUGUUUGUGCUAUGAAAAAGUGACGUUAUCACAAAUAAUCUGUUUUAUAUAAAAAUGUGUAUUUAUGGCAGUGCUAUUGCUUUUUUAAGCUAAACGUUCAGUAACUGAUGAUAAUGACGAUAA